AUGUUGCUACAUCCUCUGGUUUAGGACUAUAAAAUCAGACUGACUCCUCCUCUGAUCAACACUAUAAAACACAAACCUGGACGCUGAAUGACAGACAGAAGAACUUUCUCAACAAAAGUAAAUUCAAGUGUUGCUCUACAGCAAAGUGCGAUCACAUCAUGGAUAUCGCUGACAUUCUGGUAAAGAAAAUCUUCUACUGGUUGGAUCUACAAAAGGAAGGUGCUGAGAAGAUGAACCGGCUGGCCUCUGAACUUGAAAAUCAUAACGAGAAUGUUAAAAUCAGUAAGGUUAUUGGGGACUCUGUGAAUGUUGCUGGUGCAACUGCAAUAACAGCGGCUGGUAUAUUGACCUUCUUUACAGGAGGAGCAGCAGCACCGUUGCUAGCUACAGCAGGACUUGCAGCUUCAGGGCUCGGUGUGGCCACCAGUGUGGGUUCUACCGUUGUAGAUGCAAUCAAAUCAAGUAAAUCCAUGGAGGAGGCAAAGCAGAUUGGAGAGGGCAUCGAAGAUGUUUUCAAGGAAAUCAAGAAAUACAUUGACAUGCUGAAUGACGAAUGGCAGGAGAAACAAUCACAGGAUGAUUUGUGUUUUGAUUCUCCUGAAGAUUAUGUUAUGGAGCAAAUCUUGAGAGCAAUGGCCAAAGAGCUCGGCCUGAAAAUCAAUGGUCACAUCAAACUGUCCUCCGUGCUGCGUAAUAUUGACUAUAAAAACUAUGCUGUAGGUCAUGUGUUGGUACGGAGUUUUAGCGCGCUUCCACAGUUUGUUUUUCAAACAAUCUCAAGAGCAGCUGUCAAUUUUGCUAAAGAUGCAGCUCCAGCAGCAGCAGCAAAAGGACUGGGGAAAGCGGCGGCUUUAGUUGGAGCCACAGCAAUUGUGUCUGGAGCAGCUGGUCUUUUCUUAUCAGUCCCUGACCUGAUUAGAAAUUCUACAAGUUUGGCUGAAAAAAACUUUGUGACAGAAGCCAGUCAGAGUCUGAGAGAAGCUGCAACAGCAAUGCUGGAUUCUUCUGAGCAGAUGAGGAAAGAGCUGAACAGGAGCAGGGAACUGUUGCAGAAGUUGAGUGAUCUGAAGAACAUCAUUGAAAAUCCAGCGAGGAAUUAUGAUCAAAUGAAAUCACUGAAAAGGUUGGCAAUUGAACGCUGCAGAGAUGAAGCUACUCGACAGUGGCUGAGUGAAAAUUUAGAAUCUGAGUCCUUCUCCAAACUCGUGGACAUGUUUUUCUUCCUGCAAAAACAAAUUGAUAAGGAGGAGAAGAAGAACCACAGAAACAGUGUGGACAUCAUCUUUCUGGCUCAUGGAUGCAUUGAAGACCAGAUGAUUCCAGCCAGCUGCCUGCUGCCGCUGGACUCCCUUCAUGACGUGGUUCUAUAUUCUCCAUGGAACUGUCUUCUGAAUGCUGAUGCAGCGUACGACAUCGCCACCGGAAUCAUGGAGCCUCAGGACAGAGAUUUUUGCUGUUGCUCAAAAUACUGCAAGGUUCCUUCUAACAUGCAUCGACCCACAAAGCUGCCAAAUGAGUGGAACUCAAUGAGGGAGGCCAGGGGAGAAAAGAUUCCCAACAUCAUGCUGAGUCCCCUGGACCCACCAAAUGAUGGAGCAUGGACAAGCUUUGAGAAGCUGGAAGAUGAGUACGGCAAACCAGGCAGAAACCGGAUCCUCAUCCCGUUCAUCAUCCCAGGAACGACGAAAUACAGAAUCCCCUUCUCUGUGGUCAGCUUGGCCCUGUCGCUGGUGCUCAUCUUCUCCAGGUUUCAGGCCACCCUCCACCUCACUGCCUGUCUGGGAAAAGCAUGGCAAAGAAUGACGCUGGAUGAAGACGCCCUGAAGGAGCAGUACGCCUACACCAUGGACAACACUGGAAUGACAUCUAAAGUGAAGCGCUCAUGCAGGAAGAACAGGAGGCUUUACACAAAUUUACAAACUCUAUUUGGUGAGGGAUCCUCUGGGUGUUAGUGUCAAGCUGCAUGAAGCUGUUUUGACUGCACUCUGUAUUAUUUACACUGUGGAGCUCCUGCAGUCAUCAUGAGGAAUCUGAAGCUGUAAUGUUUGAAGGACAAAUGCAACAAUAACUCAUCUUCUUUAAUUCUUGAUCCUUCAAAUGAAAUCCUUAUUUCUCUUCUUUGUUUUAUGGACAUUUAUAGAGAUAUCUGUCAAAUUUCACCUCAACACAAAAAUACUUUCUGAGCUAAACAUUUUUAAAAUCUACUUUCAGCAGGUUUUUUCUCACAUUGAAAUCUGAGUGUGUUUGAACAAAAUAUUUCAGGAGAUAAAAACCUGAAAUUUUCUCUGUUAUUUUUCAUCAUGUCAUUGAUUCAGAAUCUGUAAUAUUGGACACAAUAGUCUCUGAUUAUGGGUGAGAUGAAAUCUGUAAAAAAUUAAAGAUGUCAUGAAAAAUCC